CCGCAAGAUUUUUUUUCGAUUGACAACAGACUGGUAACGUAGGUGCAUCGUCCAUCGUGCAUCGUGCAUCGUGCAUCGUGCAUACCACACUCGUGCCCAAUAGUCUCUUUUGCCAUCGAAUGCAUGACCCGUCGUGACUGCAACUGUUUCACAACUCCCAACCUUGUUUUCUAAAAGAGCAACCAGCCGAUUCAAUCAAGGAAGGAUGCUCCGCAAAUGCCUCGCGGGCCCCUGCUUGCUCCUCAUCGCUGUUGCGGCAUGCGCGAUAUCGACUGGAAGUAGUUCGUUCCCGGCCACCGAAGCCCUGUCGUCGUCCGGAAAACCAAAGCGGCCGAUCGUCAGUCUCACCGGAAGCGGGGACGUUUCCAAGUUUCUCUACGGCAAGCUCCAGCGGGCAACCUCCCUGUACGGAUCGGGGUUAGUGGGGCCGGCCACCGCCGUGGUGCACGGAGACAAAGACACGAGGGAGCUCCUCCCGAAGCCCGUCGUGGCGAGCAGCUCCAGAGACCAGCGAAAGGACCUCGACGACAUGCUGUGGAAGCAGUUUGGAAUGGCCACGUGCGAGGGAAUCGUCGAGCGGGAGGACCUGCUUACGAAAAUGUCCUAUCUUAAACCGCGGCUGGCCGACUUGCAGGACACGGUACUGUUUCUGGACGCCACCACCAGUGGCAUGGGAAAGAACAGCGCCGGAAGCGGAGAGACCGGUCUGGGGGGAUUGCUUUCCGGUUUCCUGGGGGGAGGAUCCAAGCCCAAGCCAAACAGCACACCCAAAAACAAGCCGCGAUCGAACAAGAAGAAGAAGAGCAUGCAGUCGGAUUGCUGGGUGGACGUCGACCUCGUUCGAUCCGCCAUGUCCCGCGGUUCCAGGGUAUUCGUCGUCUGCGAAAGCAGCGACACGACCCGUUGUGCGAAGGCGCUGAACAAAUGUAUAUCGGCGAUGGACGGGGACAACAGCAUCGUCACCCUCGUGUCGCCGGAGGACGGAACGAUCCUCGGGGGCAACGAGGGAGAGGAUACGGCCUGGAAAUCCCUCCGGCCCCAGGACCUGGAGGGGGAGCUCCUGCAGGCAGUAUCCGUCCGGAGGGAUCCCGUCGCGGAACGACGCGGCGGCGGGCCCUCGGGGGACAACGGGAGCCGGGCCCGGUUAGCCGCGGCGUCCGCCGACUACAUUGCCACCGACUCGGCCAAGGGCCUCCCGCUGUCGCGGCAGGACCUGGCGGAGGUCUGCGUCCAGUGCGCCCUCCGGCUGCCCACCACACCACCUGCACCGACGGAGGAGCCCGGUACGGACGUCGACGCCGACACCGGCAGCGCACCCACCGGUACCCCCACGCUCCGGGUGGUGCGGGUGAUCCCUCGCGGAACGGAACGGGCCGCGAGGGACGGGAUUGACUGGACCGAGCGACCCAACAAGAACUACUUCGCGAUGAUGGGUGGAAAAAAGGCCAAGGCCCGGGAAGGCACCGUCGCGAGCGCGGAUUGGGCUAGAACGCUCGAGCCCCUGGUCGACGGAGGAAGCAUCAGGGUCUUCCCAAAGCGUCCGAGCGAGAUGUGAAGGAGGGCUGCGCAAGGAAUUAUUACUUGUACUUAACAAGCUACAUACUUUUGAUUAACAAACUAUUGCAGUAUGUUUUAUCGAAGGAAUUUCAUCAUUUCCGUUCUAUAGAGCAUUUCAGUCUUCGGGCGAUGACAGAACUACCACGAAUACGUUUGAAGUUCGUACUUCGUUCUGUACGUUGUAUUUUCACUUCAUAACAAACUUUUACUAAGAAC